UCCCAGAAUUCCUUUGCACAGAGAGCCUGGCCAGGAGUAGCUGCUGGUAUCAGUGUUCAGCUCGUUUUGCCUUUCGGACAGGGAGCAGAGUGCGGUGUGUGCGGACUGAUAGCGGGUCAGCGGAGCCGUAAACCCGCCUGGUUCAAGUACUUUAACACAACGAGGAAGCGCAGUGGCGUCUCUCUGCAGCCUGGCUCUGUCAGCAUGGGUAAUGGCAUCAACAAGGUCCUGCCUGAGCUGUACCUGGGGAAUUUCAAAGAUGCUAGAGACCGAGAACAGUUAGCCAGGAACAACAUCACACACAUCCUGUCCAUCCAUGACAGUGCAGCUCCCAUCCUCCAGGAGAUGAACUAUCUGUGCAUUUUAGCAGCUGACCUGCCCACACAAAACUUAACGCAGCACUUUAAAGAAAGUAUAAUGUUCAUGCACGAGUCCCGCCUCAAAGGAGAGGGCUGCCUGGUUCACUGUUUGGCAGGUGUGUCCCGCAGUGUCACUCUAGUAGUAGCCUACAUCAUGACUGUGACUGGUUUAGGCUGGCAGGAGGCGCUGGCUGCGGUGAGAGUGGCCCGACCCUGUGCCGGACCCAACUUGGGUUUUCAGCGGCAGCUCCAGGAGUUUGAGGCGAACCAAGUAGAUGAGUUUAGAGAAUGGAUACGGACAGAAUACAAAGACAACCCCUUCAAUGACGAGGCUGAUAUACGGGACCUGCUGGCCCGGGUAUCUAACGUCAGUGUUGAAGAGGCUGAAAAAGAGGCUCCUCUCCAGCCACUUGUAGAUAAUUAACCAGAACUGUUCUAGCUGAGUCUAGAGCACACAACAUAUUCCACCACCGUCUGAGUGAGCUCACCAUUUGGAAUGGACUGCUCCUGGGAUUAUUUCACUGUUUGAAGGACUUGGACACUGAAUGAUCACUGACACAGUUAUUACACAUUUCUAUUUAAAAAACAAAAACAAAACACUGAUAUUUCUGUACUUCUAAUUUAAAAAGUUGUAAACUGUGUUUCUUUCCCUCCGCUUGAAUUUCAGUAUAAUUUAAAAAAUUGAAAUAAAAUAAGUAAA